AUGGUACUGUAUUCCAAUUACGCUAAUGGCGAUUUCCGCUCUGGUAAAUGGUACUGCGGCUGCAAUAAGGAGGUCAAAUGGCGCCCAUCGAAACAGGAAAACAGCAAGGGCAAGCUAUAUGGAUCCUGCAUAUACUGGAGAAGCGACGAAAGCGAAAAAGACUGUAAAUUCUUCCUGGCAGAGGCAGAUGAGCCCAAGGCGAGGUUAGAGAAAGCUCCGUCUGCCCCUCAGACACCCUUCGCGCGGCGCACCACCGAGGCAAUGCCAACGCCACACACUGGUUCAAGUUCGAGGGUGAACCUGUUCAGUGGCGGCGGUAGAGCAGGACGCCUUUCUAGUGUGAAUGAUUCACCCACCGCGCGUCGCUUUGCUCACGUCGACACUAGCGACGAUGACUUGGCAAGCGUUGUCAUACAUGUACUAAAGCAGGAAGGUAUCGUCCUGAGAAGCUCUACUGAGUCCCUAGUUCGGCAUGCCAUUGGUAGCCACGUCGGAAAGCACGAGGCCGCGUUGAAGAAUUCGAAUGAUAGCCUGGCCUUUGCGUUGCAAAGACUUGAUGAGUUGGAAAGUGAUGCGGCUGCUGAGUGA